UGUCAUCUCUACACGGAACUUGAACAACCCGUUAAGGCUAGCCAGCCCGUAAAAUAACGUUCGAUUCUUCUUUUACCGGCUAUUUUCACUCAACCAGAUUGCCUUGUUUGUAUAUUGGGGUCAGGGCUCCCGUGCCCGUUUACGUCAUCCACAUAUAGGAUGAUGCCCGUCAAUGUUGUGUGCAGUGUCGCAACGAAUUUCUUGAUUUGCUAGCAGCAUAACGUAAUUAAUUUUGCCCGCUAACUUGCUUUAUAAUGUGAUAGCCAGUCUGCGUGCUGUGGCUAACUAUAGCUGGCUGACAACAGUAUUAGUGUUGGUUAGCUGAUGGCAAGCCAUCAAUCAAGAUAGCUAGGGUUCGUUCAGCAGGGCACAAUGUUGUGGAACGGUACAAACAUGCCUCUCUGACAUGUAGAAUAAGGAACCCCGACGACAGAUAUCAACAGGGGGUCAGCUCCCACUCAGCCCAGUCAAAGCUCUCUCUGUCCUGGGACCACACUGGUGGAACAAGCUUCCCCCUAAUGUCAGGACAGCGGAGUCCCUGCCCAUUUUUUGUAAAUUUAUUUGAAACCCUACCUCAUCAAGAGUAUCUUAAAUAAGAAAACAAUUCCCUGCAAUAGUCUUUUUCUACUAGCACUGACUUUGUUUUAUAACUACUUUAUUGAGGGAAAAUGUACUUACUAUGACUGUGGUGUGUUGUCUCACCUAACUAUCUUAAGAUAAUUGUAAGUCUCUCUGGAUAAGAGCAUCUGCAAAAUGACUAAAAUGUUUAAAAAAUGAAUAGAUCUAUUGAUAUUUCUAACUGCAACGUUCCACAACGUUUGCCUACUGAAUGUGGCCCAUGUUUAAUGACUAGGCAAAGAUGUAGCCAAGAUAGCAAGCAGCUGAAGUAAUUUAGGCCUGAUCGGAAUUUAGCUCGAGUCUGGUUUAUCAAAGCCUAAAAUCGGUCCUGGCAAAUCAAUGGACAAGCUUCAGGACCUCAGCCAAUCCGAGUUGGAGGAUUUGCUGGACAAUACAGAGCGGGUGGAGUCCAUGGCAUUGGAAUCUGAUGAGAUUCAGAACAUCCAGCUGGAGAGGGAGAUGGCACUGGCCUCCAACCGUAACCUGGCAGAACAGAACCUGGACAUGAAGCCUCGCCUGGAGAGACAGAGAGAACAUCUAGUGGAGAGAUACUCUGAACUGGAGGGAGUCAGAGAUACCUACAGACAACACUGUGACCAGAAAGAUGGCAUCAUGGGGCAGGCAUCACCGGAGGGGUUGUUCUCCAGACUUCAGACAGAGGGCGCCAGCACGGAGACGGAGUCAGAGUCUCUGGCAGAUGAGUUUCUGGACGGCCGGCUGUCUCUGGACUCGUUCCUCGACCGUUUCCUCUCCCUUCGCUCCCUCGCUCACAAAAGACGGGUGCGGAUAGAGAAACUGCAGGACAUCCUGCGGCAGAAGAAGGAGACCGCCGCGGGCGAUGCCUCCGCCGGCUCCGUGACGUCACAAACGAGCGCCAAUCAAGACCCGGCGACGACACAGUCAUCGCCAUGGAAUCAUCAUCCUCAGCAACAACAACCGCAGCAGAAUUCCAAUCCCAACAACCACGCUGGUUUCCAAAACGGCCCCGGUUCCGCCCUACCUUACACCCCUUACCCUGUCUCCCCUCCUAACCCGACAGCCACCUCUGCAGUAUCAGGCCCAGUCCCGUCCAUUCCCCCAGGUCAAUGUCCACCCUACCCCAGCCCCGGCUCACCUUUCACCUCAGCGGCGGGCUACUCAGCCCGUCCUGCUUUUGGGCCUCCGGCCACUGCCUGCCCAUACCCCACCCAGCCAACGUUCCCUGGUGUCCCCGGCUCAGGGUCUGCUUUCGGGCAGUACAGUGCCCCCAACACCGCCCCCUACCCCUCUGCGUACACCUACGGUGGGGUUGGGGGGUAUAGCUACCCCAUGGGCCCUGCUCUGCCCAACUCUCAGUCCCCCACAGGCAGGCCGCAGUACAGGCCCGGGUUUGGAGUGCCACAGCCCUACUCCUGAACCUCCCUCUGCUCUCACCCCAUCACUCCUCUCCCACCACACAUUCUCCAGUCUCUCUCAUUCACUCUUUUUUUCGGACUCUUUACCUUUCUCUCUCUCUCGAUCUGCCUCUCUCUCUCUCGAUCUGUCUCUCUCUCUCUCUCUCUCUCUCUCUCUCUCUGCCUCUUCUCCUCCCCCUCCCCUCCUCUCAUUCAAGUGCAUAACUGUCUCAGGACCUCCCCUUGUGCUCCAAUGUGUUAGAAACACUCUCCCAUUGGCUGUCAACCCCUUCUCUCUCUCUCUCUCUCUCUCGCUCUCCUCUCUCCUCCUAUUGGCUGUCAGCCUUUUUACUCUUCUCCCUCCCUUUGUGGAAUACUGAGCCAAUCAAAAAAGACCUUGGCCAUGUACGUUUCAGAUAGAAAUGGAGCUGACGUGACUCUUUAUUCGACAUGUCAGAGAGCCAUGUUUUACAUAAAAUAUAUCUACACAUCAUGUAUUCCUUAUCAAUGGUUUCACCCUGUAGCACAAGUCCAUUGUGGCACUGUGUUCGGUAUAUGCAUUAGAGUACAUUUGACUUGUUCUAACACCCAUAUCAUUCUACACCGAUGUCAGAUGACAUGUGUUGAUCAUAUUCGUUCGUAUAUGAUGAUAACUUAAUACCCACCCGAACCAAAAUGUUUUCCAGGUGCAGUUUUGUUCAGGAAUUCUGUUCUGUAAACUCUUUCUUGCUCUUCGUUCUGGUUAGAAAGUACUUAAGACAAUACUAAAGAAGGAAAAUCCUAGGAAGUCAUAGCUACUCUAUAGGAUCUGACCAUGUAAUUGUAUUCAUUAUGAUCUAAAAGGCUAAACUGAUCCAAUAUCAGCACUCUUAGUCUGAGAGGCUUUAUGAAUGCGGGCCCUGAUCAGUGGUCCUUUUGGAGACUUCAAUAACCCUGUCUUCUUUCUUAUUCACCUGGCUGUGCAUGUAUGAUGUUUGUUUCUUAGCCAAAUCUGGACAUCUUUACAGGUUGAGGAUCUUAAUCUGACCAGUUUUUCACAGCAGGAAAAUAAUCCUGCAGCAAAAGGAUGUGAAUUAUUGCGUGGAUUAUAAUUCAUGGAGGUUUUUUUUAAGGGUUGAUUUUUUUAAAAUAUAAAAAAUUGUCGGGGCGAAUCAAGUCUGAAGUUACAAACUUUAAAAUUAUUUUUUUCAACCUUGAAUACACUACAAGUUUGCAUUUUCUGCUGUGCAGGGUGAUCAAAUUAAGAUCCUACAUCUGUAUGUCCUACAAGUUUAGCUUCCAAGUCUUUUCUUUCUUGGCAGAAUGUUUUGGUUGGUUGUUUAGGUAUUGUGAUGCCUAUUGACAAUGAUGUCGUUGUUUACAGAAUCAUAUCUGUAUUCUCUGUCGAGGAUCAUGCCUGUUUCUCUGGUAUCUCCGUUUUUCUCUCCCUCCCACACGCUACAACUUCACACUCCGUUUCGUCCCCCGUCCCUGAGGGCUGACUUGGCGUUAAACUCACCUCUCGUCUUUCUCUCCUUCCCUCUCAACUCACUCUCUCUUUCACCCUCUCCCUCCUUCUCCAACAUCUGCCUGUUGACAUGAACUGAUUGAUGCUUGACAAUGAUUGCAAAUGAGGAAAUUGUUUAUUUCUGUAAGUUCACUUCCAGUGAGAAUAUGUGAUUUGUAUAAAUGAUUAAAGAGAUGUUGUUGAUAACAAGGGACUAAUGGUCUGCACCCAAAAUGGAAGCCUAUUCCCUUAGGCCUCUGGUCAAAAGUAGUGCACUAUAUAGGGGGAGUGGGUGCCAUUUGUGACUGAUCUGCCUGCUUUAGCUCAGAAAGCACAGGAUGAGAGAGCUGUGACGGGGGUACUACAGCGAUUCAUACCGCCUUCAUGACGGCUCAUACAGCAUUCAUAGACACUUAUGUCAUCUUAGUCAUGAGCUCUUCAACCCUAGUCAGUGGUCUUAAACUGAGUGUUACUACAUUGGUUGCCAUCAUGCUCUAUGAAGGUGUUAUGUAGCGCCUAUGUAGGGCCUCUUCAUCAGGUUAACUGGUUGGAAUGACUGGUCUACGACCAGGGGGCAGUGUCUUACUGGUAUUAUCACACUACUACUGUCCCAAAUGGCACCCUACCCCCUACUGAAUGCACUACUUUUGACCAGAGCCCUAUGGGCAGGGAAUAUGGUUCUGUUUGGGACGUGACUAAAAGAAGGAAAAGAUGAGUCAGAAAUUUAGAAGCCCAACGGAGAUACGCAGCAUUAAUAAGGGGGAAAUAAAAACACAAGCUUGGAGCUUGUUUUAAGUUUCUUAUUUUUUUGUGUGAAUAUUAUUAAACACUGAACUUGAUCUAAGAGCUAUGUUCUGACUCGUAAUUAGAAAUAUAUAUUUUCUUUUUUAUCUACUUGUCUUUUUUAUUUUCUCUCGCGUUGGGAGAAAAUAAAAAUACCACGGUAGCUGUCUCAUGC